AUGUCCUUGUCAACACACUGGCUGGGCGAUGAGCCAUCAAGACUACUUAUCAAGCAGAACUUCCAAUUGAUGGCACCAGAUAUGGCUACCGAGAGCGUCGCCGAUGCACCAGUGAUUCUCUUCCAGAGGCUCGAAAUUCGUAUCGCGAUCAGUCUGCAAGGUGAGAUCCUGUACUUCAACGAUGAUCGACUACUGGAAAUCUCGUCCUUCGUGCCUGGAAAGAGCAUCAAGGACCACGUCCUUUCAGCAAUUCAGGACAUCGUCAAGCUGCUGUUGCUCAAAAAUCCGCAGUUCGUUGAUCUCGAGUUUGAUGAGCCUCUCUUCCAAGCUACGCCAGACCCGGAGGUAAUGCGGCUUGCUGUGCUGCUGACCGUGGACCAUAGCGACCUGACAGAUGCGUGGAUCGCAGCACACAUCUCAGGCUACUCGAAGCACCACUUCACUGCCGACGAGGACACAGCCAGCUCUGCACUUGGACACAUACUUGGUCCAGCAGUGCUUGCUCGCUUUCGACAAUUCAAUCUGGCAUACAUGCAGAGCUUGCUCAUUGGCACCCCACAGCAAAAGAGUCUUUCCUUCAACCUUUGCCGAAACACCCUUGACGUGAGUCUGCAGGUCGCAACGUUACAGACCAAAGUGCCCUUUACGUACGGAGUGGUAGCAUACAUCCCUGACCAACUACAACGCGGCUUGUGGCUCAUAUCAACUAGUCGAAGACUAGCCAAUAUUCUUACGGAUCGCAAGGUCGUUGUGGUGCAUGGUCAGCAGUACAGUAUCCUGACGAUCUUCGUGGAUGGUCAAGUUCGGAUUACGGGAAACCAUGUGGUGGAUCACUUUCUACUCGUUCGCAUAUUCCUGCAGGAUGGCCGUCAGAACAUUGGUUGUCUGAAGGCCGAAGACGCGAGGAUAUACCAAAUGCCAGUGGAAGGCCAGCCAAGUUCCGUGGAUGGUCCAGGAGAGUUGAUGGAUACGUCGUCAGAUGGUGGUAGCGCUUGA